CAUACCGACCGACCACCCCACUCUUCUCCCUCAACACCGGAAACACCGCGCGGCUUUAUCCGCGCCUCGCAAAACGGCCGGAAUGGCUCUAUAAAAUCCAAGACCAAGAGCUGCCACUCCAAGUCCAAGCUAGCUUCAACCACAAACUUGUCACCUUCCUCCCCGCAGCGCUGCGAUAAGCCCGCGACGACCGUCAGGAUGCAGCAGCAGCUAACCACGAUGGCGGCGAGGAGGCUGCUGCAGGCGCCCACCUCCUCCUCCGCGCCUGGGGCGCCCACCAUCGCCAACGACAGGGACAUCAUCGUCAUCCUCGCCUCGCUCCUCUGCGCGCUCAUCUGCGUCCUCAGCAUCGGCCUCGUCGCGCGCUGCGCCUGCUCCCGCCGCCUCGGCGUCGGCCCCGGCAACGCCGCAGCCGCCAACAGGGGCGUCAAGAAGUCUGUGCUCCGCGCCAUCCCCACCGUCGCCUACGUCGCCGCCGUCCCCCAGACCGGCACUGGCAAAGCGGCGGCACCGGAUGAGGAGGCCGCAGCGCCGAAGUGCGCCAUCUGCCUCGCCGAGUUCGAGGACGGCGAGCCCAUGCGCGUGCUGCCGCAGUGCGGCCACGCCUUCCACGCCCUCUGCGUCGACAAGUGGCUGCGCGGCCACUCCUCCUGCCCCUCCUGCCGCCGGAUACUGGCCGUCCGGCUGCCGGCCGGCGAGCGCUGCCAGCGCUGCGGCGCGCGGCCCGACCCCGCUGCGGCACGCUGGAAGCCCGCUCCCCACUGCGGCGAGAAGCCGAACUUCUUGCCGUAGCAGGCGCCGCAGGUGCUCCGCUGCAUCUUACCAGUUACCAGCUUGCUACAUUUGUAAAUAGUAAAGCAUCGAAAUACUAGUCCUAUGCAAUUAGCUUGGGUUAGGAUGACGCGAAACUGUGAAUAUUGCUCUGCACUUCUAGUUGACAUUGUAGAUGUCCCGAUCUCGAGUAAGUUGACUUGAUUCACGCUUGUCAGAUGUCUGUAUCACUGAUGGUUAUCUGGACCAUGACUUUCAAAAUGCAUAGAACCGAGUAUAUUCCUUCCAAAAAUCUUUUUCAAA